AUGGGCAGAAGUUUCACUCUAGUCUUUUUUCUUGUAAUUUUCAUUCUACUACAUGACACUACUUCACUUGCUAAUAUUAGCACUGAUGAAGCUGCUCUUCUUGCACUUAAAUCACACAUUUCUUCUCAUUCUAACAAUAUCUUAGCAAGCAACUGGUCUUCUUCCACCCCGGUUUGCAGCUGGAUUGGAAUCACUUGCAGCUCCCGCCACAAUCGAGUCACUGCUUUAGACAUUUCUAGCAUGCAACUUCAUGGUACCAUUCCUCCACACCUUGGAAACCUCUCAUUUCUUGUCUCCCUCAACAUAAGUUACAACGCUUUCCAUGUAGAUUUGCCACUAGAGUUGGCUCAUUUGCAGAGGUUGAAAUUGAUUGAUGUCACAAGCAAUAACUUCACCGGAGCCAUUCCAUCAUUUUUAAGUUUGUUACUGAACCUACGCUUUGUGUACCUCUCGAGCAACCAAUUUUCGGGGAAAAUUCCAUCCUCCCUUUCCAAUAUAACAAAGCUGGAAGUGUUAUUCUUGGAGAGAAAUUUUCUUGAAGGAGAGAUCCCUCGAGAAAUCGGUGAUCUUCGUUACUUGACUAUCCUAGACCUGCAAUAUAAUCAACUUAGUGGCGAUAUACCACCAUCAAUUUUUAACAUUACUACAAUGCAAACUUGGAAGGACUUUACCUCAGAGGCAACUCCCUAG